GAUAAACAUAUCUUAAAUAGCGGUUGUAUCAAUUCCCGAGAUAACCAAUGUAGGUAAAUACGAGAAACAUACCCACCGAGAAAAACCUUGUUACAAUAGUAAUUGAUACCCAUUCUGACGUUUACAAAGUUGUAAAGAAGAGAUGAAUAAUCUUUCUUCAAAAUACAUAUUAGUAUUUGUAUAAUAACCUGUGGUAUCAGUUAUUAGUGUGUGUAAAAAUAGUGUAAGUGAUCAAGCAAUUAAAAUACUGGAAACUACAAACGUUAUACAUCAUGUUAAAUUAAAAACAAAAAAUUGUCCUGUGACUACUUACGAAUACUUACUUAGAAAAUUAGAAUAGUUAAGAAAUCGCAAAGAUGGAAAUGACCAAAGAGAAAUAUAAUCCCAAUCCACGGGAGACUGCGAAUAUUAUAUCGGCUCUAUUUUUUGGAUAUACGUAUGAUGUAUUUAAGAAGGGCUUAUCGAAGACGCUGGAAGUUGACGAUUUAUAUAAUCCGUUAAAGAGUGACAGAAGCAAAGUCUUGGGAGAUAAUUUACAAAGAAAUUGGGACAAGCAACUAGAAAAAUCUAAGAAAUCAAAUUCCAAACCAAGUUUAUUGAAAGCCAUUGUUAUGUCAUUUUGGUUGGAGUACGCAAAGCUAGGAAUAUAUACUAUCACGACAGAUUUAGUGCUAAGACUCAUUCAACCUCUAAUACUUGGGAACCUAUUGGAUUAUUUUAAACCAGAAUCACAAGUUUCCGAAAAUGAGGCUCUUACGUAUGCAGGUAUCCUAGUGGCCAUAAACAUCUUGAACAUUUUGAUGUCAAAUCAAUAUAUGCUAGAGGUUUUUCACAGUGGCAUGAGGAUAAGAGCAUCUUGUUGUGCUGUGAUAUACAGAAAGUCAUUAAAAUUGAGCAAAACAGCCUUGGGAGAAACAGCAUCCGGAAAACUGGUCAACCUAUUAUCCAACGAUGUCAGUAGAUUUGAUAUUGUUAGUUUAUUCAUUCACCAAUUAUGGAUGGCACCUGUAUUGUCACUUAUAGUAAUGGGUAUACUGUACCAGAGAACUGGGUAUGCAGGAGUAGUGGGAGUUGUGGCAGUAUUUGUGAUAGUUCCCUUUCAAACCUACACCGGAAAAUUAUCUGCAAUAUACAGAAAACAGACUGCUUUCAAAACAGACGAGAGAGUCAGACUAAUGGACGAAAUCAUCUCAGGAAUUCAAGUUAUCAAAAUGUACGCAUGGGAAAUACCGUUCAGGAAAAUAAUCCGAAUUGCCAGACGAAAUGAAAUAAAAAUUAUUACAAAAUCUGCUUAUGUGAGAGCUACGUUUAUGGCAUUGAAUCUUUUCACCACCAGAUUGGCAUUGUUCUGUACUUUGCUGACAGUUAUUUUGUCGAACGAAGAAAUCACAGCGUCGAAGGUUUUUGUUGUAAUGGGUUAUUUCAACGUUCUUUCAAUGGCUAUGUCCACCAUGUUUAGUAGAGGAGUAUCUGAAAUGGCAGAGGUUAUGGUAGCUAUUCGAAGAAUUAGAGAUUUUCUCAUAAACGAAGAAUACGAUCCUAAUAGAACAAAUUUCGCUAUGAAUGGCAAUGUAAACAGUGUAGACGAUUUUAAAGAAAUUAUAAGUUUGCAAAAUUUGACUGUAAAAUGGAAUGCAAGCUUCAGUGACAAUGCUCUUGAGAAUAUAAAUAUAAAUAUUUCUGAUGGACAGAUGGUUGGAAUUAUUGGACCUGUUGGUAGCGGGAAGAGUUCAUUAUUGCAAACAUUACUGGGGGAACUGGACAUAACCGAAGGCAGUAUGAGAGUUCGAGGUCAAAUAUCCUAUGCUUCUCAGGAGCCGUGGGUUUUUGCGUCCACUGUUCGUCAAAACAUUCUUUUUGGUGAAGAAUACGACAAAAAGAGAUACCAUGAAGUUAUAGAAGCUUGCUCUUUAGAGAAAGAUUUUGAGCAGUUCCCAAAUGGAGAUUUAACACUAGUAGGUGAUAGGGGAUCAUCUUUGAGUGGCGGCCAAAAAGCUAGAAUAAAUUUAGCAAGAGCUGUGUAUAGAGAAGCCGAUGUAUAUCUCUUGGAUGAUCCGUUGUCAGCUGUGGACAUACACGUUUCCAAACAUCUAUAUGAAAAAUGUAUUAAUGGAUAUUUGGCCAACAGAACGAGAAUUUUAGUUACCCAUCAAGUACACUAUUUGAAAGAUGCGGAUAACAUUAUUAUUUUAAAUAAUGGACGCAUAGAAGAUGAAGGAACCUUCAAUUUUUUGGCAAACAGUGACAAUGUUUAUGCAAAACUUUUAACUGCUGAGCCAGAAAAUGUAGAAGAAAAGAAACAAGAUAGAUCUAAAUAUAAUAGGCAACUCUCAAUAAGAAGUCGAAAAGAUUCACUGGCAAGUAUAGUCAGUGAAUUAAGCAUUGCGGAUACUCUCAUAUCGAAUGAUAUCGACUUUGAAGAAGAAGAAGCUGAAAAGCAACUCGAAUUUGAUGUCAAAGACCUUCAGGAACAAUCAUCAAAAGGAAAAGUGGGCGGUUCUCUGUUGUUUAAAUAUAUGUUGGCAGGUUCUAAUUCAUUUGCUGUUUUAAUAUGCGUUAUAUUGUAUCUAGGAACUCAAUUAGCUGCCAGUGGGGUAGACUACUGGGUAAGCUAUUGGGUCAACGUAGAGGAAUUCAGGAGCUCCAGCGAAUCUUCUAAUUCUACUACACCUACAUUCAUUAUUCCAUCCAUUGAACUGACAACAAAUAAUUGCCUUUAUAUAUAUGGGUUCCUUUUAGGAGCUCUUUUUGUUCUUGCUAUGACAAGAUCUUUCUUCUUUUAUAAACUUGCUAUGUGGAGCUCCAAAAAACUGCAUGCGACAAUUUUUGAUAAUAUUGUCACUGCUACAAUGAGAUUCUUCGAUACCAAUCCAGGAGGAAGAAUUCUCAACAGGUUUUCUAAAGAUAUGGGAUGUGUUGACGAAUUACUACCGAAAGCAAUAUUGGAUUCUUCACAGAUGCUUUUGUCUAUGUGUGGAUCUCUCUUACUGAUAGUCGUAGUCAAUCCUUACUUCUUAAUUCUGAUUGGCGCCUUGAGUGUAGUUUUUGGUUUUAUGAGGCAUGUCUACCUAAAAUCUUCGAAGAAUAUUAAGAGGUUAGAAGGAAUAAUGAGAAGUCCCGUGUUUACCCAUUUGAGAGCUACCAUUGAAGGUUUGACAACCAUAAGAGCUUUUGGAGCCCAAAGUACUCUUAUGGACGAGUUUGAUCAUCACCAAGAUUAUCAUUCAGGUGCAUGGUACAUGUUUAUAGUUUCCAGUAAUGCAUUUGGAUUUUAUUUGGACUGUUUCUGUUCUCUUUUUUUGGCAGCACUUACUUUUAGUUUACUAUUAUUUGGGGAGGCCUUUAAUCUGAAGGGAGGUCAAGUAGGUCUGGCCAUCACUCAAGCAACAGCAUUAACAAGUUUACUACAAUGGGGUAUGCGUCAAUCUGCCGAGGUAACCAAUCAACUUAUGAGCGUGGAAAGGGUAUUGGAGUACCAAAAUUUGGAAAAAGAACCACAACCGGUCGUACCUCAAAAACCAGCAAAAGAAUGGCCUCAGAAAGGAGAAAUCACUUUUAAAGAUACUUGUUUAAAAUACUUUGAGGGUGGACCAUUGGUUUUGAAACAUCUUGAUCUUAAAAUUCAACCAAAGGAAAAGGUUGGAGUUGUUGGCAGAACCGGUGCAGGAAAAUCUUCCUUAAUUCAGGCACUCUUUAGACUAGCCCCAAUUGAAGGUUCAAUUAAAAUCGAUGACAUCGACACCAAAGACAUUAGCCUCAAUGAUCUCCGUUUAAAAAUCUCGAUUAUUCCCCAAGACCCAGUGCUAUUUUCAGGAACUUUAAGAUACAACUUGGACCCAUUCGAAGAAUAUUCAGACGAAGUUUUGUAUAAAGCUAUACAAGACGUAGAACUAAAAGAUCCUGCUAAUGUUAUUAACCGAUUGGAAAAUAGAGUCAUGGAUAGAGGUUCCAAUUACAGUGUUGGACAGAGACAGUUGAUUUGCUUGGCAAGAGCUAUUCUUAAAAAUAACAAAGUUCUUAUGUUGGAUGAAGCUACGGCUAAUGUAGAUCCACAGACUGACGCUUUAAUCCAGAAAACUAUCAGAAGAAAGUUCUCAGAUUGCACUGUGAUAACCGUCGCACAUAGACUGAACACAAUCAUGGACUCUGAUAAAGUAUUAGUUAUGGACGCUGGACAAAUAUCUGAAUUUGAUCACCCUCACUUACUCCUUCAAAAUAAAAACGGAGUUUUUUACAGUAUGGUUGCUGAAACUGGUAGAACAACAGCUGAACAGCUAAGAAAAAUUGCUUCAGAUAGUUAUCAAAAACUAAAUGCAUUACCAGAGUAAAAAUUACUAAAUCAAAGAGUACAAAAACAAUUAGAUUGUUAAAAAUUUUGUUGCCAUUAAGUAUGUUACAUUGAUUUAUUUUAACGUUAAUUAUAUUAAGGUUAAUUAAUUUUAAACUCUAGUCUUAUAUUUUACUCAAUGCGAUAACUGCUAACUAAGGCGCAUAUCUUAUGUUCAAGAUUACCAUUUUACAAAUUUUUUUAUUAGGUUCUAUGUGCCGAUAUAUUGAGUUUAAUGAAUUCGUUAAUACCUUAGGGCCGGUUGUUCGAACGCUAAUCAACAAUGAUUAUUAUCAAAUAUUUAAUUACUGUCACCAAAACUGUCAAUGUCAACUUUGUUUGGGUUGCUAAAAACAUAAUUAAUUAUAAUUAUGAGAUUUAUUAUUAAUUAUGUUAAUAACUAUUGUUAUAUUAAUUGAUUAUAGACUCCACAGACUUUUUAACAACCCAAACAAAGUUGACAUUGACAGUAAUUAAUUAUUUGAUAAUGAUCAUUGUUGAUUAGCGUUCGAACAACCGGCCCUAAUAAAUGUCUGGACAAUGCACUGACUUGUAUGUCAACAUGUCAAAAUGUGCCACUCUCAAACAAAACUGAAGAGUAUAAUAUGAUGAACUUCAAUUUAAGUAAAGAUAUUUGAAAACGGGUGGCACUAUAUAAAAUGGAAAAAAAUGAUACAUAAUAAAUAUUUAUUUUUAAUUACAA